GCUUGUCCAGGCUGUGGAGGUUCGGUGUAACGUGAAGCAGCGUCGCAGAUACAACUGUCUGAAGUGAAAGCAACCUGCGUGACGGCUACAUCUUUGGGCUUCAAAACAAGAUAUUUUGCAGAAACAUCUGAGUGACCCCACAGCCCCAACUUGAAAGCUCCAGUCCAGUCUAAUUUGCUCCCUGUGGACUUCAGUCUCCAGUCUUCACCAAAGCAGAGUCCAGCCUUUGAAGCUGGACGGAGGAGAGGCGAGCAGAGCCGAGGGCAUGGCCUUCGUGCUGAGACACAGAACUGCCAACAUCCCCGAGUCCACAGAGAGUAAAGAGGCGAAGACUACAUCUCCGAUGAGUCCACGAGGCAAAGAGGAGACCACCACCUCAGGGUUAAACAAUCACCUCAUCGCUGCAGUGUGCCCCUCUCGUAAUGGUAGUUUACUGGACAGUGAGCAGCAGAAGAGGGAGGGAGAGUUGGAUGACAGAGGAGGAGAGAGGGAGCCUGAGGAAGAGGAGAGGGCUAGUGGUGAUGAAGGCUUUAUGUCGAUGACUCCGCUGCUGCAGGCCCACCACGCCAUGGAGAAGAUGGAGGAAUUUGUACACAAGGUGUGGGAGGGGCGCUGGCGAGUUAUACCCCACGACGUCCUUCCUGAUUGGCUGAAGGAUAAUGACUUCCUGGUUCACGGACACAGGCCGCCUAUGCCGUCAUUUCGUGCCUGUUUCAAAAGUAUCUUCAGAAUUCACACUGAGACGGGGAACAUCUGGACACAUCUGCUAGGUUGCUUGUUCUUCCUGUGCUUGGGCCUCAUGUACAUGUUCAGACCUAACAUGUCGUUCGUUGCGCCUGUUCAGGAGAAAGUUGUGAUUGGGAUGUUCUUUUUGGGGGCCAUCCUCUGCCUCUCGUUUUCGUGGCUCUUCCACACAGUCUACUGCCACUCGGAGGGCGUGUCCAAAGUCUUCUCCAAACUGGACUACAGCGGGAUAGCUUUCCUGAUCAUGGGCUCCUUUGUGCCUUGGUUGUAUUACUCGUUCUGGUGCUCUCCUCAGCCCUGCCUCAUAUACCUCCUCGUCAUCAUCGUCCUGGGACUGGCAGCCAUCUUUGUCUCUCAGUGUGACUUCUUCGCCACGCCGCAGUACAGAGGAGUUCGAGCAGGUGUGUUUGUGGGCCUGGGUCUCUCUGGAGUAGUUCCAACACUGCACUUUGUGAUCAGCGAAGGCCUGAUCAAAGCCACCACCAUCGGGCAAAUGGGCUGGCUCUUCCUCAUGGCCACGCUCUACAUCACCGGUGCCUGUCUGUAUGCCGCACGCAUCCCCGAGAGGUUCUUCCCUGGAAAAUGUGAUAUCUGGUUCCACUCUCAUCAGCUGUUUCACAUUCUGGUCGUGGCCGGAGCGUUCGUUCAUUUCCACGGAGUCUCAAACCUGCAGGAAUUUCGCUACACGAUCGGUGCGGGAUGCACAGAAGACGGUAACCUUUAACCUUUCGCAAAACAAAAAAUAAAUAUCUAUGAAAAAUCCACCGAGAAGUGCUCAAAGAACUGUACACGUGGCAAGAAUGGCACUAUAAGCUCCCAUUCGAAACCAGUGUGUCUUGUCUAAGCGCGGAGACGUUAAGUGUUGUCAAUGCCUUCUCAUUUGGGGUUAAAACAACUACUUCCCAAAUCUUUUUCAAAGUUUUGGAGGGGCACAAUUGUCGAUUUUCUGAUGGAGAGGUUAUAAUUUUCAGUUUGUAUGGAGACAUUAUGAGGUGGCCGAAUGUUAUUGUUCAAACUUAUAAUAUUAAAAAAGCUGAGUUUUAGAUUUGCUUCUGGUUUUGUUAAGGUUACCAAUUUUGGACUAAUAAGGAGAUAUGGGAGGGUUGGUUAAUUCAUAGUAGUCACUUUUACAUAGAUACAAAGGUAACUGUAAAUAAGAUUUCUACAUUUUUUGGGUUAUAGAUUUGUAUAAAAUAUAAAAACACAAAAAAGAUUGAAAGAAGGUUUCUAAUUUUACUUUGGUGAGGUGCUAUUGCAAAUUAUGUUGGAAUUUCAAAAAAUUAAAAAUUAUCAAAUCUUAUCUUUUAUGGGGCAGACGCCAACACUUGCUGUGAAAGACAAAAUAUUUGAUUUGACAAAAUAAUUAAUCAAAAUAUGUUUUUCAGGUAUCAAAAAAAAAAAAAAAAAAAGAGGCCUCUUGGAAAAAAUAUAUUUUAUAAUGUAUUAUGCUUACAACCAAAUGGAAAAUAGGAUCUAUGUCAAACAGCCAUGUAUUUCCCUUAUUUCUCUCAUUUAUUUUUCUAUGUGAUUAUUUCUUAUUUGAAAUAUUAAUUGGAUGCAAUAUAUUCCCUUUACGUGCCCAAAAUAAAAAUUUAAACAUUUUUAAUCAUGGGAAAUUCUAAAGGGCCCUAGGACCUAGCAGAUCUCUUGUUAAUCCUUUAUUUUAAUUUUCACAUAAUUUUUUUUUUUUUCUGUAAUAUAAUUUAUCUAUUUUUGUUUGGCAAAAUGAAAACUUUAAUUUCUCUUACUAUUUCUAUGUUUCACUCACUUUUUACAAAAUGGGUGAAAAUUUCAAAAUUAAUGAAUCUUCAAAUUCCUACAGAAACACUGAUAUGAUCCGGUGUGCAUUGGGUUUGCUGGAGCAGUAAGUUGGCUUUGAAAAAGUAUUUCACUAUUAUAUAUUUGGUUUUGUUUCUUUAGUUUUGUUGUUUUAUUCAUUGGAGUUUAUAUUAAUUUAUUUGGGAGAGCACAGGUGUGUUCUGAUGAGACUGAUCGCAAUAGACCUUUGUAUCUGCUGUAUUGUUCUAAUAAAAGGUUUUUCAAAGUCA